AUGGAUUUAUCUGAUCAAAGUCACAUGGGAGAAUUACUUCAAGAUUGUAUCCAACAAGUUUUUGAUGAAAAAUUUGGUGCAGUGGUUACAGAUGGAGGCUCUAAUUGUGAAGUUGCACAUCAACUUAUCACUACUCAAUAUCAACAUAUAUUAAACUUGCGAUGUGUUUCACAUUGCUUGAAUUUAAUAUCAGGUGAUAUUUUAAAACACAAUUUUGCAGAUAAAAUUCGUCGAAAAUAUUCAAUUGUAGUUACUUUUUUUAAUAAAUCACACCGAAUACAUGCUUUGUUAUUAAAAUUGAUUAAUUAUAAAGGAAUCCGAGGUGGUGGAUUAAAGAGCUAUGUUAAAACCCGUUGGACAAGUGUUUAUGAAUGCACAUCAUCAGUAUAUUACCUUAAAUCAUGUCUUGAAGAGAACAAAAUCCAAACUUAUUUAGGAAAAUCUGUCAAAAAUAUUUUAAAAUCACGUGGAUUCUUUAAUGAUGUUUUUGAUCUUGCUCAA